GGAACCCCAGAGGAUCUGUUGUUCUUUCUCAAGCACUUGGAACUUGGGGGCGGUGUUUAUCGUGUUGAUGAAAAUUUGUUAACCUACAGGUAUCACCCAGACUGCACCACACAUUCAGUCCACAGAGACACCAUUUGGGAUAUUAGAUUAGAAGCAAUACAGAAACGUGUAAUAAAUCAAUGGAAACAAUUUACAAUAUGGAAUGCUGGGAAGGAAGGCAGGAAGUUUUACAGGUCAUUGACUCAAGAAAACAAGGCAAAGGUCAAAGAAUUCUGUGAUGUAGAUGCCAAGAAGAUUGGCAAGGUGUACACAUACGAAGAAUCUAAGGAACAACCAAAACCAACAGUUCCUAUUGUACAUUUCUCUGAUGCAUCUCCUCCAUUUGUUAUAUGUGUGAAGAUGGAUUUAACUAAAGGUGGCUUAGAAUGCAACAUAGCAUCUUUGAAUCUGGUGGAAGGGAAAGACUACUAUUUCUUCAGCUGAGGUAUACAAUGUAAGUUUAAAAGCUGUGGUAUUUUUAUUAUAUUUUAUUUAAUUAUUUAUUUGAUAAUAUUUACUUUUGACAUUUAUAAUGUAAGCAAAGUUUAAAAGAAUAAACAACUGUCGACAUAAAAAGAAUGACAUUAGAAAAAGUUUUUAUAUAUAGUUUAACAAAAGAGAGUAUUAAAUACUCAAACCCAUUGUGUAAAGUUUUUAAAAGUUUUUUUUUUGUCUUUUAUUCAAUAUCUUGAUUUUGGUACCACAUAUGAGAAAUGUAAACAAAAAUUCAAAAGUUGAAUGUGAUUUGAUUCAAUAGGAAUAAUAAUUGACAGAAUUACAUAAUUAUCUAAUCAUCCCAUUGAUUAUCAUACUUUUGUUUAUUACGUAAAAUAAUGUAUUGCUGAACUUAUAUUAGAAUAUUAUACAUUAAAUAAAAUUACUCACAUUACAGAUGCAUUGUUUAUGUUUAAGUUUAUUGAAUUCAUUAGACCUAUGCAGUAAUAGAUUCCAUUGCCCACAUUUUUGAAUAAUUUGAAUAAAUUCCUUACACCUGUGAUUGCAUAGACUAGUUUUAAUGAAAAAUUUGUCAUGCGGACACUAGAUAAUGCAUCUUGUAGUACUUUGUAAUCCCAUUGUAAAGCACUAUAGAAGAACCAUGUAGAGUAACAAUUAACAAGCAUGAGCAUAGGGAUUGGGGGAAGGGGUACAGACACACCACCUAAUGGCAGCAAAUUAGUUCCACUAAUUGAUUUAAAUGCCAAAGAUGACCAUUAAGUUUUUAUUGAAAUAUGGAUUUAGCAAU